AUGUCGAACAGUUUGUGCGAACUAAUCGCUUUACAACUGGCCGAAAUUGGCGAUCAGAUGAACAAGGAAUUGCACCUGUAUCGAGGUCAAUUGUCCAGUCCGAAUUGUCCGGAAAUGGGAUAUAACGAACACGCGUUGGAGGCGGAGGAUGGUACUGCCCCUGUGCAUUCGGAUAUUCGAAAGUACACGGUAGAUGUAAACAUCGAAUUCCGAUCUUCGGGGGAGAAAUUGAUUCUGUUCACGAAAUCACGUGACGGAUAUGUGAUUCCCCGGGAACACGAUGGGGUAUUGCAACCGUGA